AUGACAAAUUGUGACGAGGAACAUUUUUCUAGUGAGGAAAAUCUAACGAUGAAAGAAUUGAAGAAUAAGCUUGCUCAGAUGAAUCUACCGAUAUCUGGGGCAAGGUCAGUGUUGGUGGCCAGGCUAAAUCGAGCGUGUAGUGCUGGUCAAUCAAAUCUCAAGGAGCAAGCGAGCAGUGAAACCAAAACUAAGACUAAACUAAAACUCAGUGAGACCAAACCAAAAACUAAGCGUGAUCGAGAUGUAGGCGAAUAUCUCGAGAGGCUUAGAACAAAGGAAUUGAGAGAACGUCUAGCUAGUAUGGGGCCAGAGACGAAAGGAAGAAAAGCAGAAUUACGUGAGCGAUUACAGGCGGCCUUGGAAGAAGAUGCGUCGUCGGAGGAAGAAACUGACUACGAGAGUGAAACGGAAGGCGAUAAAGAAGGUGAAAGUGAACGCAGAAAGAACGUGCGAGAUGGACAUCAGAAUUGUGACAGAUGCUGUAGAAAGACACGUAGGCGUACAACAUUAAGUUUUCAUGAUUUGGACAUCUUAGACUUAGAAGAUUUGGACACCUUAGAAGUUUUUACGGGUGAAAACAAUGCAAAUAUCAAUCAAUGGUUCAAGGCAUUUGAAGAAACGGCAAGCAUGUAUAUGUGGACAGAGGAACAAAAAGCAAGCUAUACAAAAAAGCUGAUGAGAGGAUCAGCUGAAAUAUUUGUGAAUUAUGAGUGCCAUGAACUUGGCACUUCAAGAGACGAAAAAAGAGAUGACGAAGGAUAUACGGCCUACAUGUAUCGAAUGCUUGGGAUAGCUAGUCACAUGGAUAUGGAAGAAGCAGCAAAAAUGCGGUACAUCGUAGAAGGAAGAGACAAAGAAAUCAAUAAAGCAAUACUUUAUGGGGAUAAAUCAAUGAAAGAACUUAAGGAAAAUCUAAUCAUCUAUGAGGAACAAAAAUCUCGCAUAGCAGAGUCAUCUGUGAGACAAGUCAGAGCUGAGGACAACAGGAAAUACAGGCAAUCUGGAAGCGUAGUGAAGUAUAAAAGGUGUCAUAAUUGCGGGGAUAAAGAACAUGUGAAUGCUGAUUGUCCAAACAAAUCGAGAGGUCCUAAAUGUUUUAAAUGUAGAGAAUUCGGACACAUUUCAACAAACUGUGCAAAUAUACUAAAGGUUAAGACACGUUGUGAUGAGUGGCGGAAUGAAAAUAAAAGAGGGGUCAAGCAAAUAAAGGUUAUGAACACGAAUGUAGUGGCAAAGAUUGACACUGGAAGUGAUCUUAAUUUAGUAAGAAUGAGUACGUAUUUGCGUUUAGGAGCACCUCAACUUGAGAAAAGAAUUAUUAGAUUCGAUAGUAUAGGCACCGUGAACGUACACACCAUGGGACGUUUCAAAACAGAUAUAAUGAUUGACGGUUUAAAGGCAACGCUAGAUUUUGACGUAGUUCCCGAUAACUUCUUGGGACACGAUGUACUAUUAGGUAUUGAGUUAACUGAACAAAUGGAAGUAAGAGUGAAACAUAAACAAGUAAAGUUUAAACAAAUUAAAAAAGAACAACGUGAGAACCAGUGUGCUGCCGAAGAUAGUGAAUGGAAUGAAGUGUUAAAUAGAAAAACUAGAAACGAUAUUAAAAAUUUAAUUAGUGGAUAUACAGUGACGAAGACAAAGGACACAGGUGUACGUAUGAAAAUCAUACUUGAAGAUGAUGCACCAGUAAACCAAAACCCACUGAGAUUGUCAGCAGAACAAAGGAAACAGGAAACGUUAAAGGAGAAACAACAGGAAAUCGAGAUUCUCCGGAAAGAACGAGAUUUAGAACGUGAACGAAUUACGAAGGCCGCAAAUCAAGCAGAUCAGGCAGAACAGUGGCUUAUUUCAGUAGUAAAAAAAUAUGAGCAGUAUCGCGAGAAAAUGCAAAAAACCGUUACUAACGCGGAGGUUGCGUUUUCAAAAUUACUCGAAGAGAAAAAUGCACUUGCUUUACAAUUGGAGGAAGAGAAUAGGAAGUGUGAAGAUCUCCUGUUUCGUUUCGAGGAAGAAUCGGGUAACAAUGAUGAUAUUCAGAAAGAAAGAAGUGAGCAAUGUGUGAUAAAUACUGUAAAUGAAGAAAGAGAACGUGUCGGUCAACUUGAUAGCAUCAAAUUAUUCGAAACGGAAGAAGAACUGACCCGUCUUCACAAUGAAGUCUCAAAUGCUACUGCUCAAUGA